UCACUCUCUUCUCUUCGAGUCUCAUCUCGUCGUCGUCAAUACUCUGUGGUUCUGCAUUUUCAGGUUAGUUGUUAUGUUUGGUUGAGUUAUUAUUGUCUGAACGCUGGAAAAGACAUGGCGAAGAGGAAGAACUCAAUGGUUUUUAUGGACGUGUCUAUUGAUGGGGAUCCUGCUGAGAAGAUGGUUUUUGAGCUUUUCUUUGAUAUUGCUCCCAAGACAGCAGAAAACUUUCGGGCACUAUGUACAGGAGAAAAAGGAAUUGGUCCUCAAAGUGGAAGGCCAUUGCAUUACAAAGGGUCUUUUUUCCAUCGUAUUAUAAAAGGUUUUAUGGCACAGGGUGGUGAUUUUGUCAAACGAGAUGGUACUGGUGGUGAAAGCAUCUACGGUGGGAAAUUUCCAGAUGAGUCUUCUAGACUGAAGCAUGAUGAACCUGGCCUCCUAUCCAUGCCUCUUGCUGAUCGUGACUCUCUAGGUUCACAUUUCAUUGUUACUUUCGCUGCUAAUCAUAGUCUUGACAGAAAGCAUGUAGUUUUUGGGAAGCUUGUCCAUGGACAUGAAGUGUUAAGAAAGAUUGAAGACGUGGGUGAACAUGCGAGUCCACCUGUAACUGUGAAAAUCAUCAACUGUGGUGAAUAUGAUGGGGACAAAAAGAGAGUAAACAAGUUGAGAAGUGGAAAAGAUGCUUCUUCUGAUGCUAAUAGUCAUGAAGCGAGGCGCAAAGGAAAGCACAAGAAAUCAUAUAGAGAUAAAAGGAGAAAGAGAAGAAGACACUAUUCAUCCGAUUCAGAGAGCUCUUCAGAUUCUGAUCUGGAAUCAUCAGAGUCUGAUAGUGAUUCUGACUCGUAUUUGUCCUCAUCAUCUUAUGCUAGUUCUUCAAGCGACGACCGUCGUAAGAGAAGGAAAAAAUCUUUGAGAAGAGAUAAAUACAAAAGAGGGAAACGAAGGGAUAAGCGGCGUGAUAGAAAGCGAAGGCGUCGUGAUAAGAGAUCUAAGCGGAAAUCAAAAAGGGCUUCGGAGAGUUCCACAUACACCGAGAGUGAGAAUGAAAGCAAAGGCACUUCUGAAGGUGAUGGUCUUGAUGACAAAGAGAAGGUUCAGAAGCAUAAAAAGGAACCUUCAAUGAAAGCUGCUGGUGACAAUUCCCCUUUGAAUGGAGAGAUGACUGUUGCUUCGGCUCACCAUAAAAGGAGCGAGGAAGCAGGCAUACUUGAUAAGGAGGAUGGUAGAUCUAUCAGGGAGAACGGGGAGCAGCGAAGCAACGGAGUUCGAGCCGACUCUAAAUCUGACAGAAUUGCAGAUAGACAGCCUGACAUAGUUGAUGAUCACCUUGGAAAAUCUAGGAGCCGAAGCUUGAGUCCUAAGAGGACCAAGAGUAAGAGUAUGAGUAUUAGUCCCAGGAGGAGUUUGAGCAAGAGCCCAAGUGAGAGUCCGAAGAGGAGGAUGAGCAGAAGUCCCAUUCUUAGUAGAAGUCCCAUUCUUAGUAGAAGUCCUCCUGGCCCUCAAAGAAGCAGGAGUAUCACGAGAAGUCCUGUCAGGGCGGACAGCAGAAGCCCAGCCAAUGGUGUAAGCAGAAGUCCAGAGAGGGGCUGGAGGGGUAGAAGUAUUAGCGUUAGUCCAGUAAGAAUGCAGGCUCAGAGAAGCAUUGGCAGAAGCAGGAGUCCAAGAAGCCCCAGCAGGAGUCCGAGAAGGAGCCCCAUCAGGACUUCAAGAAGAAGCCCGAGCAGGAGCCCAAGAAGAAGCCCCAUGAGGAGUUCAAGAAGCCGCCCAAGCAGGAGCCCAAGAAGAAGUCCCAGCCGUAGUCCAAGAAAACCGUUGCAUAAAUCAAUUAGUAGAAGUCCGGUUAGAGCUCCAAGAGGUAGAAGCACAAGUCCUGUCACAUUUUCUCGAAGAAGUGGGAGCAGGAUCUCGAGCAAGGACCCUCCAAGGCAAAGCAUUAGCAGAAGUCCAAGAAGGGAAUUGAAUAGGAACAGUCGUCGCAGCUAUUCAAGAACUCCCAGUCCAGUACAUAGGGUGAGGUCGCCACCAUCUGAUCGUGAGAGGAGCUUAUCCAGAAGUGUUUCCCCAGAUGGCUCACCCAAGCGCAUUAGAAGGGGGCGAGGUUUCAGUCAGCGUUACUCUUAUGCACGGAGAUACAGAACCCCCUCUCCUUCUCCUGUUAGGUCUUACCGGUUUGGUGGCCGAAGUGAGCGUGACAGAUACUCGAGCUACAGAAGGUACUCCCCAAGGCGUUAUAGGAGCCCGCCAAGAGGACGCACGCCUUUGAGAUACAGAAGCAGAAGAAGCAGGACUCCCUCUGCAUCCCCUAGCCCACGCUACCGCAGCCAUCGCUAUAGCCGCAGCCGAAGUCCCAUCCGCAGCCGCAGUCCCAUUCAAAGCCGCAGCCCCAUUCACAGCCCAAGCCGCAGCCCCAUUGGCAGUCGCAGCCGAUCCCCUGUAGAGGUUUCUAGAUCUCGUGGGUCUCCACGGGUCGAGAGGCGGAAAUCUUUUUCUAGGGGUAGGAGCCCAUCAGAAUCGAGGUCCUCUUUGGCUUCCCAAUCUCCCAAGCAGAAAGGCAAAAGCAGGUCUAUGUUGAGGUCAAGGUCGAGGUCUAGAUCGUCAUCUGGGAGCUUGGGUGGGAGGAGGGGUCUGGUUUCUUAUGGAGACGGAUCUCCGGACUCGAGCCCGAGGUGAAAUUAUAGCAGGGACGCUCGUCGAGUUGAUACAUUUUGCCUUGCCAGUGUUAAUCCGGUGAAAUUAUAGCAGGGACGCUCGUCGAGUUGAUACAUUUUGCCUUGCCAGUGUUAAUCCUAUUGAGUUCCAACUUAUCUGUGUGGUGCAGUGGUGAUUAACCCACUUCGGAGAGUUUUAUGUCUCUUGCUAGAGCUUAUAUUGAUCAGUAGUUUAUCGACUCUUGCUGUUUUAAUAUUUAAUAAUUCGGUUUUUUUUUGUUUUUUUUUUGUUUUUUUAGGAUAUAUGCGGAGAAUAGAACUGAUUAGGAUUUUACGAGGCUUCUGGCUAUUAUCAUGUUAAUGUAGUUUCGGGUGC